GUAAACGAGUGACCCAAAAAUAAAAAAAAAGAAAGUGGAAAAAAUGGAGGCAAAAACCUUUCACCUGAUAUCGUGCACCGCAAUCCCGCCAUUGGCGAAUUCUUCAACCUUAUCAAGAUGCAUCAACCCUUUCCCAUUACCCUCAUCUUUCAAGAUUCCGAAAAAUACUACUUACAUUUUUCCGGUGGUUUCAUCGGCACGCCGUCGCCGCCGUUGUUGUUUGCAAUUACCAGCUUUGCGCAAAUGCAAGAAGAUUGAAGAGCAAGACCUACACGGUCUCCCAAAAGAGUAUUACGACGAUGAAUGGCAAGCGAGGCAGAGGGAGAAGACUAAGGAGCUGCACAGAAGGCGGCAGGAGGAAGACGAGGAGGAGGAAAGGAAGGUCGACGAAUAUCGUGAAAUCGGGAUGAGGCUGAAAGACUAUCCAGAGGAAGAGCUUCGAAAAGCCAGGAAGCUGGUCUCGAGCUUCAUAAGAUCGGCUGAGGAGGUUGAAGAGAAAAUUGUGGAAGCUGCUGAGAGAGGCGAACUGAGUGAAUUAGUGCUAUUGGUGAUAUGGAAUCGCCUUGAUCUCGCUCGACGUGAUGAUGAAAAGGAUGCUAUUAGAAGUCUCGAUCUCUUGUACCGGAGGGUUGAGACUGAGAUUUUGAAACGAGAGGCAACUCCGGGUAUGAGAUUACUCAAUGAACUACUGAAUUUGCACGAUGGAUUUGAUGAUGACGGUUGGCUCAAGGAAUGUAAGAAGCUUAUGGUCGAAGCUUUUCCCAGGGAGGACCCUUUUAGCAUUCUUGUUCCUGCUGGAUUCGACAUUGAUAAGCAUCAAGGACCAAUCAGACCAAACUUUGAGUCCGAUGAUGUUCUUUUGAGGGUGGAUUUCGUGAGAGAAGUUAACGAGCUGCUUCAAGAGGUUCGGCCCAAGCAGGAAGAAGCCAUCAAUACGCAAUCCCUUGAUCCAGAGUCUGUUGCCAUUCGGUUAAAACAGCAGGAAAAACAACGAACCAUUCGCCAAGUUGAAGCUCUUCUGGAUCUAGCUAUUAAUUUGAAAUGGUAGGCCAUGCUUUCUCAAAUGUGUGCUCGAUUUUUCCCGGGGUUUUUUUGUUCUCUAUUUUUGACUUUCUGUGCUAUGUGUAUUGUAUAUAAACAAAGUUCAGUUCUCCAAAGAAUCCGUGUUGCAGAAUGUUUCAAGUAAUUUAGUUUGAAUUUUGUUAUUAAUAUAUUAUAAAUUUUAUGAUUCAUUUUAUUGCAACA